AGAUUUCAUCAAAUAUCAAAUUGCUCUGUGGCAAAGUGGAGUGGAAAUCAAAUUGGGAUUUGUUAGGUUUAAUUAAUGAAGAUUUUAAUUAAUAAUUUAUAAUUAUUUAAAAUGACACCAGAGGAAACAAUUGAAAACUUUAAAAAGAUUGGUUUAAGUGAGCAAAAGGCAAAAGAAACAUUAAAAAAUGCAAAUGUUACCAAGUUUUUGCUACAGAUUCUGAGUGAGGUUCAACUAGACCAACUACCUUCUGGAGCAGGUUUACUCUUGUACCAUCUGGCUACUAAAAUUAAACCGCAAAUUGCCAAUAAGUUGUCUUUUAUAUGUAAGUACAUAGCUGAGGGCAAAUUAGAUUCUACAUUGCGAGUUGAUGCCGCCUUAGACUAUGUUCUCAGUAAUGUAAGUGAAGAAAAUAUUAAUAGUAAGGAUUUCGAAAAUGCGUGUGGUGUAGGAGUUGUUAUAACACCUGAACAAGUAGAACAGGCUGUUGAGAAGCAUAUGGCAAAAUAUAAAGAUGAAUUACUUGAAAAAAGAUACAGAUUUAAUUCUGGGAUUGUAAUGCAGGCUGUUAGAGCCGAUUUAAAAUGGGCUGAUGGUAAAGCUAUCAAGAAUGAAGUUGAUGUGCAGAUACUAGAUCUUUUGGGACCCAAAACCGAGGCAGAUUUAGCUCCAAUUCCUAAAGCUGAUAAAAAAGCUAAGUCUAGUAAUGAAACCAAUAAAAAACCUAAAAAAGAAGAUGCUUCCGAUGCAAAAGUUACUAAAACUGAUGAAGCACCAGAUGUGGGUGGAGCUGUCUCAAUAUCAGAAUUGAUGAAAAAGUUGCCAUUCCAUGCGCCCGGUGAAAAUUUUAAAAGUGAUGGCUAUGUAGUUACCCCAAACACAAAGAAGUUACUGGAAGAACAUCUCAAAAUCACUGGUGGCAAGGUUCGAACAAGGUUUCCUCCUGAACCAAAUGGUAUUUUACAUAUUGGUCAUGCUAAAGCAAUCAAUAUCAACUUUGGAUAUGCUGCCGCUCAUGAUGGAUUGUGUUUCUUAAGGUAUGAUGACACUAAUCCUGAAAAAGAGGAAGAGAAAUUCUUUGUUGGCAUCAAGGAUAUGGUAGAGUGGUUAGGUUAUACACCAUACAAAAUCACUCAUUCUUCUGAUUACUUUGACCAGCUGUACGAAUGGGCUGUGAAGUUAAUAAAGAAAGACUUGGCAUAUGUGUGUCAUCAGAAAGCUGAAGAAAUUAAGGGCUUUAACCCACCACCUUCUCCUUGGCGUAACAGGCCUAUUGAAGAAAGUUUGCAAUUGUUUGAGGAUAUGAAAAAUGGUAAAAUAGAUGAAGGAGAAGCUACUCUACGAAUGAAAAUUACUCUAGAAGAGGGCAAACAAGACCCAGUAGCAUACAGAAUUAAGUUCAAACCCCAUCAUAGAACUGGCAAUAAGUGGUGCAUCUACCCUACUUAUGAUUACACACAUUGCUUGUGUGACAGCAUUGAACAUAUCACACAUUCUUUAUGCACUAAGGAGUUUCAGUCAAGGAGGUCAUCAUACUAUUGGCUGUGUAAUGCCUUAGAUAUCUACUGCCCUGUGCAAUGGGAGUAUGGAAGACUCAAUGUCAACUACACUGUUGUCUCCAAGAGGAAGAUUGCUAAACUUAUUGAUGAAGGCAUUGUAAAUGACUGGGACGACCCGCGGCUGUUCACGCUGACGGCGCUGCGUCGCCGCGGCGUGCCCGCGGGCGCGGUGAACGCGUUCUGUGCGGCGCUCGGCGUCACCGGCGCGCUGGGGGCGGUCGAUCCUGCGCUCUUGGAUGCAGCUGUACGGGAUCAUCUGAAUACUGCUGCGCCUAGAGUAAUGGUUGUCCUGGAGCCACUGAAGAUCACAAUCACCAAUUUCCCAAGUGACAAGCCAAUUUCGGUAACAGUGCCUGAUUUCCCCAACGAACCUAACAAGAGCUCCCACCAAGUUGUAUUGGAUAGAACUUUAUAUAUUGAGGCCAGUGACUUCAAGGAACAACCGGAGAAGGGAUACCGUAGACUCACGCCAAAUCAAAGUGUGGGCUUGCGACAUGCAGGAUAUAUUAUUAAGGUGUCGAAAAUAAUCAAAGACGACAAUGGCAAAGUAAUCGAGGUUGAAUGUACGGCGGAGUCGACUGAGUCAGCGGAGAAACCCAAAGCCUUUAUACACUGGGUGUCUCAACCAAUCAGCAUUGAAGUGAGACUGUAUGAACCUUUAUUCAAACACAAAAACCCCGAAGACCCCGCAGAAGUUCCGGGCGGUUUCCUCUCCGAUUGCCGUAACGAUACGUUGUCUGUGGUACGCGCGUUUUCUGACGCGUCACUUAAAGGUGCUAAAGUGUACGAUAAGUUUCAGUUUGAGAGGAUUGGAUACUUUUCCGUCGAUCCCGAUACUAAUGCGUCUAAUAUCGUUUUCAAUAGGACGGUGUCACUGAAGGAAGACAGCGGGAAAUAAUUUUUGUUGUUACUUUAAUAUUUGUCAAUUUUAUAUAACCGUUUUGUAAUUUUUAUGUGAAAUAAAUUGUUUAUAAA